AAACACGAUAACCAUGUACUAGAAAGCUAUAAGUAGCAAUGUGAUUGCAACGGUAAGCCUUCACAUCAUCUGCUUAUCGACAUGCCAUCCCACACCAUACAUCCGCAGAUCGAAACACUGUUGCCAGCAAAGCAUGAUUCACAAGUCACAUCAAAGCUAGACUCACUACUUGAGAAGCUCACUCAAAAUUACAAAGACCAAAAUAAAUUGUCUCAACAUCAACAUGAAGAAGCCUCGAUGUAUCUACCAGGAGGAAGCACGCGAUCAGUCCUCCACUUCGAUCCCUUCCCCAUGACCUUAGCCUCUGGCCACGACUGCCACGUCACUUCUCUCGAUGGCAAAGAAUACCUAGACUUGGUGUCUGAAUACUCGGCUGCGCUGUUCGGACACUCACAGCCAGAGAUUAUGGACGCUAUUCGGGCUACUUUGGAACAGGGCAUAAAUCUUGGUGGUCCUAAUAAGCAGGAAGCUGUGUUGGCUAAACAACUCGUUGACCGCUUUCCGAGUAUUGAGAAAGUGCGAUUUUGUAAUUCUGGGUCGGAAGCCAAUACGAUGGCUUUGGGCAUAACGAUGGCUUAUACCGGGAGGAAGAAGAUACUGGUUUUCGAAAAUGGUUAUCACGGUGCCUUCACAAACUUCGGCGACCAUCCCAACCCCUUCAACAUUCCCCACGACUUCGUCAUCGCCAAAUACAAUGAUAUCGAACACACCAAAUCAUUGCUGAGUCCAGAUCUCGCCGCCAUCAUCCUGGAGCCAAUGCUCGGCGCCGGCGGCAUGAUACCCGCAACGAAAGAAUUCCUCCAAUUCCUCCGUAACGCAGCUACCCAGAUCGGAGCCGUCCUAAUAUUCGACGAAAUCAUAACGUCACGUCUCCACAUCCAUGGUCUUCAAACCCACUACAACGUCUAUCCAGACAUGACAACACUAGGCAAAUACUUAGGCGGCGGCUUCAGUUUUGGAGCUUUCGGCGGCAAUGACGAGAUCAUGGCAAUGUUCAAUCCAGGACGAGGAUACUUUCACUCUGGCACGUACAAUAACAAUUUAUUCUCCAUGAGUGCUGGCGUCGCUGCAGGUAAACUUUUGACAGAGGAUAAGAUUGCAAAAGCCAAUGCGCUGGGGGAUAAAUUGAGAGAUGGGAUUAAUGAGAUGGCCAAAAAAUGUGUACCAGAGGAUGAUGUGGCUCUGAUGAAAGCUACAGGUUUUGGCAGUCAAGUGGGACUGCAUUAUGUGGGUGAUGAGCAGGAAAAGUUGAGAGAUUGUGUGUUUUUCUUCAUGUUGGAUCAAGGCAUUUAUAUGGGUAAGCGGGGUUUCAUCUCUAUUAAUCUCGUUCACGAAGAACAUCAUAUCGACAUGGUCAUCGAAGCUUUCCGGAGAUUUUUCAAAGAGCUUUGAUAGAUAACAAUUUUUCAAAAAUCACCACAUCAACAAUUGCACAAG